UUGGUUCUUUGCAAAAAGGGUGACUCGGUGGAAACGACUGUCAGCCCUCAAAAGGAGAACAAUGAAAUGGAUCUUUGUAAGAAAUUAACCCCUUCCCAUGGUUUUCCGGAAAUUCCUGGAUCGAAUGGCAUGCCGGGAGUGCCUGGCGUUCCGGGGCUACAAGGCCAACAGGGAAGAGAUGGAGAAAAGGGACAGACUGGUGACAAAGGGGUACAAGGAUUGAUGGGUCAAAAGGGAGAUAAAGGCAAGCAAGGAUCACCUGGGAAAAGCGGAGCUCCGGGAAUGACGGGAAUCAAAGGAGAUAAAGGAGAUGGAGGUUCGCGCAGGAUCAUUGGAAAACCAGGAGAGCAAGGAAUCAAAGGAUUACAAGGAAGAAAAGGUGACAAGGGAGAAAAAGGAGAAAGUCCGAUCAGUGUAGUGUCACAAAGUAACUGGAAACAGUGCGUGUGGAAGACUAGUGAUAGCAGAAAUAGCGGUAAGAUCAAGGAUUGCCUCUUUAACAAGCUGCAAGCAGAUACCGCCAUCAAAGUCUCAUUCCAGGGAAACAUGCGAGUCAUUGGCAGAGGUAUGUGCAGUCGCUGGUUCUUCAAAUUUAAUGGCAAUGAAUGCGGUGGGCCAAUGACAAUCGAGGCUGUUGUUUACAACAGUUGGCCAUCUGGUAAUCCCAACCUGCUCCAUCAUCGAUCAUUUGAAGGAUACUGUGAAAACAUCCUACAGGGCAGGAUAACGGUGGAGUUAUGGGUAGGGAAAUGUCCGAGUGGAUUUACUCUGGGUGACGCUGAAACCGGGUGGAAUUCUGUAUCCCGAAUAAUGAUCGAGGAAGUAUCAAGAGCCCAGUCCUGACCAUUUAGCUCUGCUUGGAAAAUUAAUGCGAGUAAAGAAUGUAACCAUGAUUGGUGACUUUGAUUAUGUUAGUUGAAAGAAAGUUUGA